AUGAAGAAAGCAUUUGUAUUAAUAUUUUCCUGUCUCUUACUUUUUUUGCAUCUGCACACUGUAAGAACGCAUUAUGCCAAAAAUGAAGAGACAAAUAAUAAGGAUACUAAAUUGAAAAAGAAACGUAAUUCCAAAACUUUCAAUAAAAAAUUAACAAACAAAUCCUUUCUUCAAGUACAACAUACUGUAUCAACUAGAUCUGUACCACCGCCACCAUGUCUUGGAGAUGAUUGCUUCUGCCAAAAUUAUUACGAUUUAACAUUAAUUUUGGAUGAAUCUGCAAGCAUAGGAUCAAAAAAUUGGAAAAACCAUGUUAUUCCAUUUACUGAUAAAAUUAUAAACGAUUUAACAAUAAGCAAAAAUGAAGUACAUGUAGGAAUUUUGUUAUUUUCUAGUAAAAAUAGAGAUUACGUCACUUAUGGUGAUGAAUUAAGAUAUCAAAAAGAUGAGCUUCUAAAAAAGGUAGAAAAAUUAAAAAAAGACUAUUAUUGUGGAGGAGGAACAAAAAUAUUAGGUGCAUUGAAAUAUUCUCUGGAAAAUUAUACAAAACAUAAAAAUGUUAGAUAUAAUGCACCUAAAGUAACAAUAUUAUUUACUGAUGGUAAUGAAAAUUCUGCAUCUAAUAAACAACUUUUGGAAAUGGGUUUGACAUACAGAAGAGAACGAGUAAAGUUAUUAGUUCUUGGUGUAGCAGCUGCUGAAGAUAAAAAGUUAAAAUUAAUAGCUGGGUGUGAAGAAAAUACCAACUGCCCAUAUUCCAUGAAAGCAGAAUGGGAAACUAUAAAUGACAUAACAAAGAGAUUAACAAAUAAAAUAUGUCAUACAGAAUCGGAAAUAGAACCAGAACCACAGCCAGAACCUUCCACACCAACAACACAUUGCCAAGGUGAUGAUUGCUUUUGUGAGGAUUAUUACGAUUUAACUUUAAUUUUAGAUGAGUCACGAAGUAUAACUCUCAACAAAUGGAAGAAUGACGUAGUUCCAUUUGCCGAAAAAGUUUUGAAUAAUUUAAAUAUCGACAAAGAUAAAAUACAUGUUGGAAUUAUGCGUUUCGCUAAAUCUAUGAAAACGGAUACAGGUUAUGAGCAGGAAACAAGAUAUAUGAAAAACGAUUUGAUAAAAUUAGUUAGAGAUUUAAAAAAUAAAUAUGGAUCUGGUGGUGCUACCCAUCUUGUCGAUGCUUUACAAUAUUCAUUAAAAACUUUUACAAGACACCCCAAUAAUAGAGUCGAUGCACCUAAGGUAACAAUAUUAUUUACGGAUGGUAAUGAAACUUCUAAAAAGGAAAAAGAUAUACGAGAUAUAGGAUUAUUAUAUAGAAAAGAAAAUGUAAAGCUAAUAGUAGUAGGGGUUAAUUUAGCUACGGAGAAAAGUUUAAAAUUAUUAGCUGGUUGUACUGAAAAUGAAGAAUGUCUACGAGUUAUUAAAUGCGAAUGGAAUGAUUUAACAAAUAUAACUAAAAUACUUACGGAUAAGAUAUGUAAUACAGGAUCGGUAGAAUUACCAAAACCUGAAGAGAAUCCUGAACCAGUAGAAAAACCAAAUCCAGAAGAAAAUCCUAAUCCAGUGGAAAAACCAAAUCCAGAAGAAAAUCCUAAUCCAGUGGAAAAACCAAAUCCAGAAGAAAAUCCUAAUCCAGUGGAAAAACCCGAACCCGAAAAGAAUCCUUGUAUAAACAUGGAAGAUUGCUAUUGUAAAGAUUUUUAUGAUCUAACUUUAGUUUUAGAUGAAUCAGCUAGUAUAUCUGAUUUAAUAUGGAAAAACGAAGUUAUUCCAUUUGCUUUGGAAAUUAUUAAAAGAAUAAAUAUAAGUUAUAAAAAUGUGCACAUGGGCGUUUUGCUUUUCUCUGAAUACACUAGAGAUGUUGUUAGAUUUUAUGAUAAUGCAAGAUAUGAAAAAGGGACACUACAAACAAAAAUAAAUGAUCUAAAAAGAGAUUAUAGAAGUGGAAAGAAGACAUAUAUAACACAAGCUCUACGAUAUGCAUUAACAUAUUAUAGCAAACUUUCAAAUAGAAAAGAAGCACCUAAAGUAACCAUGUUAUUUACAGAUGGAAAUGAUUCCAAUGAAUCAGAAAAGGGAUUAAAUGACAUUGCAUUGUUAUAUAGAAAAGAACAUGUGAAAUUAUUGGUAGUAGGAGUUUCUACAGCAAGUGAGAAUAAAUUGAAAAUGUUAGUUGGUUGUGCAACAAAUGUUGUUUGCCCAUUUGUUAUUAAAACGGAGUGGGGAUUAUUGAAAAGUGUAUCAGAAGUGUUUGUAAAAAAAAUAUGUGACACUGGAGUGGUAUUGCCACCUGGAAGUCCCUCUGAAUCAAACCCUGGAAAUCCUUCCGAAUCAUCACCUGGAAAUCCUUCCGAAUCAUCACCUGGAAGUCCCUCCGAAUCAACACCAGGAAAUCCCUCUGAAUCAUCACCAGGAAGUCCCUCCGAAUCAACACCUUCUUGCAGUGGAACCGAAUGUUUAUGUCACAAUACCUACGACUUAACAUUAAUUAUAGACGAAUCUGCAAGUAUCGGAUAUUCUAACUGGGAAAAGGAAGUAGUUCCCUUUACUGUAGGAAUUGCAAGUAAUUUAGAAAUAAGUGAAAAGAAAGUAAACAUGGGAAUAUUAUUAUUUUCUGACAAGAUUAGAGAGUUCAUUAAAUAUGGACAAAAAGAAAGUUAUGAUAAAAUUAACUUAGUAAGAAGAAUACACGAUUUGAAAAAAUAUUAUAAAUCAGGAGGAUUUUCAUAUAUAGUAGAAGCUUUGAAAUAUGGAUUAUAUUCAUAUGCAAAAAGUACAUCUACUAGAUUAGAUGUUCCUAAAGUAAAUAUUUUGCUUACUGAUGGGAAUAAUACAAAUACGUCUGAUUUUAUUUUAACUGAAGUGAGUUCCUUAUAUAAGAAAGAAAACGUAAAGUUAUUAUUGAUUGGUAUUGGAGGUCCUACUAUACAUAAGUUAAGAUUGUUAGGUGGUUGUGAUAAAUCGGAUGGUGAUUGUCCAUAUGUUGUAAAAGCAGAAUGGAAUAAUUUAAAAUAUACAUCAAAUUUAAUUAUUAAUAAAAUAUGUCAUACAGAUACUCCAGUAGAAAAACCAGGAGAUAGUUCAUCUGUAUGUAAUUCUAAGGAUGAUUGUAUAUGUAAGAAUUAUUUUGACUUGACAUAUAUUGAAGUUCCAACAUUAAAUAGUACUUAUACAUGGAAAAGUGAGUUUAUGGAUUGUUCAAAAAAUAUAAUGAAUAGUUUUGUUAUAGAUAAAAAUCAGGUACAUGUUUCCUUGAUAAUAUCUUUAGAAAAGAAGUCUGUUCACCAAGGCUUUGAUGAUGUUAAUUCUUAUAAUAAAAAUGAAUUAGUAAAAACAUUAGGAAAGUUAGAGAAUUCUAUGGUUUUAAACAAAACGAAUAUAUUAGAUUCAUUAGUAUAUGGUAUUCAACAAUCUUUUGGAAAAGGACAUAGAGAAAACGCGCCAAAAGUUACUAUAUUAUUAACAAAUAGUAAUAGUGAUUUAUCUGAUGAGAAGGCAUUACAAGAUAUAUACUUAAAUUACAAAGAGAGAUCAAUUAAGUUAUUAAUUAUAGGUAUAGGUAUAACGAAUAAGGAAAAAUUACUUCAUGCUGGAGGAUGUAAUAUGAAUGGGAAUAAUUGUCCACAUGUAUAUGCAUCUAAAAGUUUUUCAUAUAUUGGUGGUGUUGAUACAUUUUUAGAAGUAAACAAAUGUGAUAAUAGUAGUAGUAGUGAUAAUAAUGGAGGUGACAAUGGGAAUGGGACAGAAGGAAAUGUAAAUCCAGAUACACCUUCAUGUAAUGAUAAUGAUGAUGAUGAUAAAUGUAAUAAUGAUGACAGUAAUAUAAUAUGUACUAAAGUUUUAGAUAUAGCUGUAGUAUUAGAUCAGUCUAGUAAUAUAUCCAAAGAUCAAUGGAAUGUAUAUGUAAAACAGUUUGUUAUAAAUACAGUGAACCAAAACUAUUUGUCAAAAUAUCGAAGUCAUAUAACUAUUGUAAAAAUGGGAAAGAGUACUAAAGAAAAAUGGAGUUUAAACAAAAAAAUUAGUUAUCAAAAGAAGAAGAUUAUUAAAAAAAUAAACAAAUUACCAAUAUCUUAUUCAAAGAAGAAGGAUAUAGCAAAGAGCUUAAAGUAUGUAAGGACAAAAGUAUUUAAAAAAAGUGAAACAAAUAGAAAAAAAUUAAUAAUAAUGUUAGUUGAAGGAAAAUCAAACAGUAAUAUGAAUGAUUUGAGAAAAGAAGUUGGAUUAUUAAAAGUAAAUAAUAUUGAUUUUUUUGCAUACGCAAUAGAUAAUAUAGACCAAACAGAAUACAAAAUACUUGGAGAUUGUGAAAGUUCAGUAGACAUGGGAAUUAUGGGGAAUUCACCAUCAUCUCCUUCUUAUUUGCCAUGUAAAAAUAUAGUUAAGGUAUCAUGGGAUACAUUAUUAUCUUCAACAGAUAUACAUAUGAAGUAUAUUUGUAAUGGUUAUCCUGAAGAUGCCGAAUGUUCUGAAUGGGAAGAAUGGAGUCCCUGCCCUGAAAAUUGUCCAACAAUUAAUAAUAAUAAUAAUAAUAAUAGAACAUAUUUUCCACAUCUAAGCAAACGGGAAAGGAAAGGACCAUAUACAUUAAAAGGAGAAGAAUAUAUGGGUGAGAAAUAUGGAAGUUCUUGUAUGGAAUUAAAAUCUAUUGAAUAUCGAUCAUGCCCUAUAAAUGCAGGUUGUAAUGAUAUGUGUGGAGAUUUUGGUGAAUGGAGUGAGUGUAGUGCAACAUGUGGAGAAGGUAUACGAGUAAGAAAUAGAGAUAAUUCUUUAGACAAUGAUGACAAAUGUAAAUUAUUUAAUUCAACUGAGAUGGAAGCAUGUAAUAUUCAAGAAUGUGAUGAUAAUAAUAAUGUAGAUAUAUGUGAGGAUAUUGGAGAAUGGAGUGAUUGGUCCUCUUGUUCUAAAACUUGUGGAUAUUCAACAAGAAGUAGAACGUUUAGUAUUUUACCAGAAUAUAUAGGAGAAUAUCCUAACUGCAAAACAUUUGAAAGGAGUGAAACAGAAGUAUGUGCUUUUAUUCCUGCAUGUUCUGAUGAAACAUGUUUUGAAUGGGAAGAGUGGAAUGAAUGGUCUUCUCCAUGUAGUCCUAGGAAAAGAGUUCAGAAAGCUCGAGUAUUAAAAAAUAAUGGUGUUAUUAAUAGUAGUGGCGAUAAUAAUAAUAAUAAUAAUAAUAAUGCUAAAAGAGGGAUGGAGCAUACACAUUCUACAUUUACUUCUUAUAAUAAUAAAAAAUCUGAUUUAUGUGAAGAAGAAGUGCGACAUUAUUUAAAUAAAGUAGAAUAUGAUGAGGAAUCUACAUGUGAAAAUAAAAACCCUUGUGGUGAUUGGUCAGACUGGUCUGAGUGUGAUAGGACAUGUAAUGUUGGUGUUCGAAUAAGACAUUUUAUAUCUCACAUGUUUGAUAUGGUUUCAGAUGAAGAUGAAAAGGAAUGUUUAGAAUAUUAUAAUAAAGUUGAAACGGAAGAUUGUUUGCAUUUACCACCAUGUGACGGAGGUGAAUGUAGUGAUUGGGAAACUUGGGUAGAAUGUAAAGAAGAAGAUAUGAUUGGAAACAAUUGUCAUAAACCAAAUAAAAAAAUAUUAACUAGAAAGUUGGAAUUAUUGAAAAAUAAAGAUAUAACAAGAUCAAAAAAUACAUCUGAUGUUUGUAAUGACUAUACAUUAUUUAGAGAAGAAGAUUGUCCUCAAUUAAAUGAUACAUGUAUAAAUGCAUUAUGUAAUGAAUGGGAAGAAUGGGGAGAUUGUUCCAGUACUUGUGGAGAGGGGUCAUUUAAAAUAAGAAAAAGAAAAGCACCUUUAGAAUUGAUACCUGCAUCUCAAGAUAUAAAUGGAAAUAUUGGUUUGACAUGUGCACAACAAAAUAUAAAAGUUGAGGAAAGAGAAGCUUGUAUAGUUCCAGCAUGUGAAGAUGAAUCUACAAACGGAGGAACAGUAGUAGAUGGAUCUACUACUCCUUCUUCUCCAUCUGACAGUAAUAAUAAUGAUGGCUCAUCGGGUAAUAAUACAGGAGAUUCAAAUGAUAAAAAGGGUAUGGGAACAGGUGAAAAGGUUUCGAUAGCUGCUGGAGUAAUAGGAUUAGUAGCCUUAGCAGCAGGAGGUUUGAUAUAUGGAUACAAUACGUUAAAUGGUGGUGAGCCCCCUCAUAGUUCUAAUAUGGAAUUUGAAAAUGUGGAGAACAAUACAGGUGCAGAAGAGCAAGAAAAUGAGGAUUUUGAGGUAGUGGACGCGGAUGACCCUAUGUGGAACUAA